AUUCUUUUUCUAUAAAGUAUAAUGCUAUAGUCUACUGGUUAGUCCGACCAACUACUUCUGACACUUAGUCGUUGUGUUUCUCACUGUAACUACACUACUUAAUAGCUCUAGUUCUAAUAAUUAUUAUAUUUUUAAGAGUUGUAUGAUAUCUACUUAUAAAAUCAUGACGUUAUUGAAAUGGGCUAUAUUGCCGUUAACGGUUUUCACAAUUUUCGUGGUGAUGUACAGCCAUGCGUCGGAGGACCUACAGAAGAAAGGACCUAAGGUCACUGACAUCGUGUGGUUCGACAUCAAAAUGGGAUCGAGUGAACCUCAACGUGUGGAAAUCGGAGUGUUUGGUGCAACUGUACCCAAGACAGCUCAGAAUUUUAUUGAGCUAGCUAAGAAACCGGAAGGUGAAGGUUACAAGGGCAGUAAAUUUCACAGAGUUAUCAAAGACUUCAUGAUCCAAGGAGGCGAUUUCACAAAAGGUGACGGCACUGGUGGCCGUAGCAUCUUUGGAGAAAAGUUUGCAGAUGAAAACUUCAAACUGAAGCAUUACGGUGCUGGUUGGUUGUCUAUGGCCAAUGCUGGAAAAGACACCAAUGGAUCUCAAUUUUUCAUUACCACUAAACAAACUUCCUGGUUAGACGGUCGCCAUGUUGUAUUUGGAAAAGUUAUCAAGGGAAUGAAAACAAUUAGAGCAGCAGAAGCAGCAGAAACUGAUUCCAGAGACAAACCAGUUGAUGGUAUUGUAAUUGUUGAUAGUGGACACACCGUUGUUCCUGAGCCAUACCCAGUUGCCAAAACUGAUGCCGUCGAAUAAUUCACAAACUAUUUUUAUUAAUUUAUAUUUUUUUAAUUCGUCAUAAUGUUAAAAUAAUAUUUGAAUAGGCCCUCAAUAAUAAUUGUUAUUAAUAAGGAACUGAAAAGCAAUCACCCACUUGCCUAUUAGUUAAUAUAAUUGUGUUUUUCUGUUAAAUUCCAUUUUUUGUAAACAUAACUUAUACGCUAUAGUGAACAAUACUAAAAUGUUU